AUGGAAGAGCUCGAGCCAUCCUUCGGUAUCGACCCAUUCGCGAACCAAGCCGACUUGUUGAAUCAAGACGAUCGAGAAGACUCGGAACUCAAGAAGAAGAAAAAAGAAAAAGCCGAGAAAAUCAACGCGGAUUCGGUUCAAGACAAAUACAUUCACAUCCGCACGCAACAAAGAAAUGGGAGGAAAUCCUUAACGACGUUACAAGGGAUUAAUCCCAAAAUCAACAAGAAGAUCAUCUUGAAAGAGUGCAAGAAGAAGUUCAACUGCAACGGAACGAUUGUGGAAGACUCGGAACUCGGGGAUAUCAUCCAGCUCCAAGGAGACCAACGCAAAAAUGUGGCCCAGUUUUUGAUCGACGAGAAAAUCUCGAAGAAGGAGUUUAUCAAGGUGCACGGCUCGUAA